GUUAAAAAUUAUAAUGCCUGUUUGCGGAUGACAUUUGGUCUACGAUCAAGCAAAGUAGCACAUUUUGUUUCAACAGACACAAUCACAUUGACCGCGAGUCUUAAGCUGUUUUCAGCCUUACACGGUAAGGCAGGGAAGGCUUUAGAUUUAGGAUUACUAAUUGAUUAGUCGGGUCAAUACAUUUAUUUGGGUAGUUUCGGCUAAUUUAGCCGUGAGUUUACACACAACCUGCUAGGGGGUUUACCCUGACGCCAAUUCCAGUUUGGGUUUGCGCGUAUACGCGCAACUAUAGUUGACUAAACUGUCUGGUUUCCGGUUGUCAGAUUGUCCUGAUCUCACUCUCGUGUUGUUUCUGCUUGUUGUAGAUUGCUGGGUCAUAUGCUAAUCUUUUUUCCUCUCCUCCAGCCUUCCUCAAUCACACUACGUUGUAUGUUCCCCUAAUACACAAAGUACCUUUUGGCUAGACGCGAACCGUUACAUUUUUACUUCUUGCUACUCAUGCAAGCCAUUAAAUGUGUAGUUGUCGGUGAUGGUGCUGUUGGAAAAACCUGUCUACUCAUCAGCUACACGACAAAUGCUUUCCCCGGUGAGUACGUCCCAACCGUUUUCGAUAACUACUCUGCUAACGUAAUGGUUGACCGGAAACCUGUGAACCUUGGUUUGUGGGAUACAGCCGGUCAGGAGGAUUACGACAGACUUAGACCACUCUCAUAUCCACAAACUGAUGUGUUUUUGUUGUGCUUCUCCUUGGUCAGUCGCACAUCAUUCGAGAAUGUUCGUAGUAAAUGGUAUCCGGAGAUAUCUGCCCAUGUUCCAAAUGCUCCCAUUAUUCUUGUCGGAACAAAACGGGAUCUUCGAGAUAGUCCCAACGGCCUAAAAUCUACUACGUUACCCGUAACCUAUUCGGAGGGUUGCAGAAUGGCAAGAGAAAUUAAAGCUGUGAAGUAUCUGGAAUGCUCUGCUUUAACUCAGUUCGGAUUAAAAGAUGUCUUUGACGAAGCUAUUCGAGCAGUACUCAUGCCUGAAGGAAAGAAAAAGAAACAUAGUUCAUGUGAAUUAGUUUAAUAUUGGGAUAAUAUUGCUCCAGUUGUUGUUGUGGAUGCUUCCAUAGAGUAAACAUGCAAGUGGGCGAGACUGUGUGUUUGUGAGCUUAUUAUCCUGUAUAAUUAAUUUAUUUUCACACUUACUUGUUAUCGAUCGACUGACUGGUCGCCACAAUCACCAACACGAUCCUAUGCAAGUGUGUGUGCUUGUAGGUCGUCGUGUUUGUGGUGACACAACCAUCUUUUCUAAUUAUCCGGUUGAUAUUUACUAUUCACAAUUACACACAUACACACAAACAGACAAUAGAAUCUCUUAUAAUUUCGACUGUUCACUCCGUUUUCCUUUGUUUUGAAUCUCAGUCCUGAUUUUUCGCUUGUUUUAAUUUUUGUGUUCACACAUGAAUGACCGUGCAUAUUCUUCACAUUAAUUUACCAGUGUAGGAAAGCUGACUUAUGUAAUAUAUGUUAAUAUUUGUAUUUGAGUCGUUUUUUCUCAUUCAGAUCUAUGAGUAUUGUUCUUGUGAUCCGAAUCGUACACACAGACGUAGUCAUUGUGCUUCCCUCUUUAGUCAAUUUCGUGCCUCUCUUUGUUUUCUUACUUGGUGUUGCCUGAUUUUUCUCUCAAAAUUGCGUCUAAGAGAACCGUUGCCACUGCCUCCAUCCCCCUUAUGCUAACUAUUCAUACAUGAUCUCUUUUGGUUAUAUUCGAGUUGUUCUUUUCUCUUGUGAUUAUUGUCAUAUUAUGAAACAUAAAAAUGCAAUGUAAUUCGAUUCAAGACAACUACAAACCAGUAUUUUGUACGCACCCGAUUCGUUGUUAAUGGUGUUUUACAUCACACAAUUCAUUUGUUCCAACCAGUGUAGAGUGAAUUUUCGAAAGAAACUUUUAAUUAGUGGAUGGCAUGGUCAAUUUAUAUUACCCUAUGUCAGUCUAACAAAUACCUGUAAGCCUGGUCUGUCUUUGUUAUCUGUUUCACACUCAACCUUUGUUUUCAUCUGACAUCCUCUUCUGUAAUUUUGCGACUGUGAGAUGCAUCGUUUCUUUCUUAAUUUUGUAUGUUGAAUGCGCCACUUUGAAGAAAUUAAAACAAUAAGACAGACUAUCUUAUCUAAUUAUCAAUUAAUCAUGAUCAUAUUCUCUGUUGAUACUGAUACAUGACAACUUAUGCAUCACUGAACUGAUUAAUUUAUCUGCAUUCAUUACAUAUUAGUUCUUGAUGAUCAUUACUUGUUGUUUCACGACUGCAUUAUAAAAGAUGCAUAUGGAACAAAUGAUAACCAGGAGAGUGUAGGAUUUUAUUAUGUAUAUAUAUAUGCAUAUUUCUGUAUUUAUCUCUACUAAUCAAAUCAUUUGUUUGUUUUCAAAUUGUGUCUGUGUGUGAAAAGUAUAAAAGUGCAGAAUGCUUUUUGGUAUAUUUUAUGUUUUCUUUCUUUGUUUAUGAUCUUUCACUUACGUAAUGUACUACCCUAAGUUGCACACUGUAUUUUCCGACGGUGUGCGCAUUAAUAUAAUUUUAUUGGUAUGCGAAAGUUUCUAUAUUUUUAAUAAACUUAAUCUACAAUGUUUAAAUUUUAAAGCACUUUGUUGACGAUAUCAUUGAGUAAGGUAUUUGAAAUUUGAUCUGUUUUUCUUUUUGAAUCAUGUAUGAGAAAAAUUAGACUGAAUUUGCACAGCGAUUUGCCGAAAAAGUUUACUGUCACAGUGUACUGAAUUCGGGCAUAUCACUGAGUCUCUUGUCAGUUAUGUUUUCGCACAAGAAGUCAUCACUUGCUGAGAAAAAACGUUUUUUACUGAUAGGCCUCAUAGUUGCUGCAAACGGCAAGCCUGGCUCCACGAAAUUGAAGAGGAGGGUAGUAAUUAAGUUCACACCUAACUCUAACCAUUUUGCUUAGUUCACUGAACCGUUUGCUUCAAGUAGUAUGGGUAUAUUUGAAUGUUCAGUAGUUAGACACGAGUGUGCGUGGAUCACUAUGGCAUACUUUGUAUUAUAUCCUUAGCUAUACGAUUAUUGCGAAAUACAUUUGUCAAUUUAGAUAAGCUGACGUGUACGACCAUCUAGUAACGCAUACACCAGUACGGGCAGCCUAAUUUUUAUUUAUUUUAUUUGAACACAAAUAUAUUGGUACAGGAGUGCGCCGAAUAUAUAUGCGCCACACAAAACAAUGAGGAUCUAGGAAGAAAAAAAGUGAGGAACGUAAAAGAAAUAAUAACGAAGAGAUUGGUGUAAGGUAGUGUAAUAAUAAUAAUAGCAAUAGUAGGGGAACAGAAGGGUACAAUCAGAAGAAAUCUUUCAGUUAAGGAAGAUACAACCACUUUUUUUAUGAAGAAAGUAAAAGAAGGUUACAGCAGGAUCGCCACUGGCUUCUAUUCGGGCAGCCUAAAGUUCCGGUUGUCCUUGCCUGUUAAGUCCACAACGCCAAUCACGGCCUCCGCGAUACGAGUCUUAUACUACAAACAAUGGGUUUAUAUGCAAACGAAUCAGAAUCGAUAAAGUAAAUGUUUAUAUUAAAAGCUCGCCUAACGUUGUGCAGGACAAAUAAUUGCAGCAUAGAUUUGGCAUUCCCAUUAACAACACAAAAAGUAAUGGGUACAUUUAAAGAACUAGAAUUCCGUUUUCAAUUCGUAUGUUGUUACAGUUAUUUAUAUAAUUUAAGGUGACGAAAUUGGUGAUGAUCUUUGGAAGUUCACGAAGGCUAGUUUAGCUUAUGUAUUGUCACCUAAACUGGUCAUUACUUAUACCUUACAUGGAACUAAGAGCGAAAUGAGUAUAAAUAAUUACAAAUUCUAUGAGACAAUUCGCACUAAGUCAAGAUUACAGUAAACAUUUUUUGUUAGAUGUCUUGUGUUUAUAGUUCCAAAGUCCGACCUGUCCGAAAAAGGAACUAACACAAGCGAUGAAUGCCGACAACCAGGCUUUCUUGUACGACGUAAAAGAUAAAGUACAGGUAGCGAUCUAACAAAAAAUAUAAGAAUGAUAUAAUUUUGAUCUACAAUUCCGUACAUGUAUAUGUUUUCAAAUGUUUAUUUACCGAGUGAUCUUACUAUCAGCACUUAAAUUUCUCCAACCGGCUUCACAAAUUAUCACCGAAAUAUAACGGUGAGUUGAUAAUUCAUAAAACGUUUUUAUACUACCCAUUGUACUUAAUGUUCAUUUCACAUGUGGCAGUGUGCAAUCUUCCUGGAUUAAAUGAUUGUUAUUAAAAGGUCGACAUUUUCGACAAAUUCUCUUCAAGUUCUACAAUUCAUAUAUCCAAAUUAAUAAUCCUCUACAGUACAAACGAAACUUGCUCAAAACCCUUGGUUACCGAAUACGCACUAUAUAUUCUGCGGAUAUAGUUGAAGAUGAGCUAAACACCUUGCGUAAUACUUUUAGGGAAAACGUUUA